GUCUACGUCUGUUUUGCUUCCUUCAUCCACGAGAAACUCAACGUGGUCCUCGAAUUUUUGACAAGGAACCUUUACAGUGGUUAAAUAACGAUUAACGUUAGUGUGUGGGGGAAAAACGGUUCAACCAGUGAACAGUGUGAACAGGGAAACAUGUUUAAUGAAGAAGAAGACUGGAGUGAUGAAGAAGAGGCUCAAAAUCUGAGUAAAUCUGUCUUCACAAAGACUCAAAAGACGAAUAAAAGCACCGAUGGCAAGGUUAUUGGAAAGAAGAGCCUACUGCGAACUCUGCAGACUCUGGGAUCAGUACCAGAGUGGAAGAGCGAGAACCAGGAGCAACAAGACAGUGACAGUGAGACAGAAGCAGCUCCGGCGCACCCAAAGAAAAAAAAGAAGAGAAGGAAAAACAGAAAACGCGGAAAGACUUCGGAGGAGCAGCAAGAAAAUGGUGACGUAGAACAAAAGGAAAAACCUGCAGCAAAAAAAGGAAACACAUUUUUGGCCAAGAAGCUAAAACCCACAUCUGCAGGUACGACAAUGGCCGAAGGCGUCACAACAUCUGCAAAGGCAAACUUAAACGAAGCAGAGAACGCAGACAACCUGAGUAGACAGCAAUGGAAAAACAAAAUGAAGAACAAAAGGAAUUGUAAAAAUAAAUACCGUCAGAAUGAUCCUGAGGUUGGAGAGAAUAAAACUCAACCUGUGGAGAAACAAAAGCUGGAGAAAGACAUGAAAACAGAAUCACCUGGGAACAAAAAAAGCCAAAAGGCAGCCCCUAAAAAGAAAAUUGAGAUGACGAGUAAAGCACAGAAGAGGAAGAAGAGCGAAGAGGACACUGACAUAUCCUCUGCACCACAAAUACAAACACUGAAGGAGGAAAAACAGUCGACUAAAGCGAAGAAAGACUGUGAAAAUACUACCAUCCCAGAUGAUCAGCAGCAGCUGCCCAUGAAAAAACUGAAACCGGAGCUGAGCAAAGACCAGAUUAUGAAACGAGAGAAGCUGCGGAAAAUGCUCCAACGGAAAGAUACAAAGCAAAAAGAGAUAAGUGUGGAACAAAAAGACGAGCCUUUGGUUCCGGCAGAACCAGCGGCGGAGGUGAAACUGGACCGCUCCGCCUCCCUCAGGUCCCGCAUGGAGCAGCGCUUGGAUUCAGCUCGCUUCCGCUACAUCAAUGAACUUUUGUACAGCACGAACAGCGGCGAGGCCAAGCGAAUGUUCAGUCAGGAUCCACAAGCCUUCAGGGUCUAUCACAGAGGAUACACUGCUCAAGUUCAGAGGUGGCCCAGUAAUCCUGUGGACGCCAUCAUCUCGUACAUCCUUCAAAAGCCAUCCUCUCUGGUGGUUGCAGAUUUUGGUUGUGGCGACUGUAAAAUAGCUCGCAGUGUGCCGAACAAAGUGCACAGCUUCGACCUGGCUUCUACCUGUGAGCUUGUCACAGUCUGUGACAUGGCCAACGUGCCACUUGCUGACCGCUCUGUGGACAUCGCAGUGUUCUGUCUUUCCCUCAUGGGAACCAACCUGGAAGAUUUCUUAGCAGAGGCCAAUCGAGUCUUAAAGAUGAGGGGUGUGCUCAAAAUAGCAGAAGUGGCAAGUAGAUUCGAAAACGUGAGGAGCUUCAUCACUGGACUCGCAAAUCUGGGAUUCAAGAUGGUUUCCAAGGAUACAGAGAAUACUCAUUUCUACUCGUUUGAAUUUGAGAAGAUAGGGAACUCUCCAGAAAAUAUCAAGAAAUUUGGACUUGAAUUGAGAGCCUGUGUGUACAAGAAAAGAUGAGGAGGCUGAUGGAGAAUGUCAUGGAUCUAAAAGUGUAUAUAAUUCUUCACACAUAUUUUAUAUGAACAAGUAUAUACUUGUUCAUACAAUUGUUUUGUUGUUCUUUAGGCAACACAAAGUUGUACAUCCUUAUAGAAAUGUUGUCAUAUUCUGGUGGCACAGUAGAUGUCUGCUCACUGAUUUCAACAUUAUUAAAUUGUGAAGCUUAAAUACAGGUGUUUCCUCUAUAAAGAGACACAUCAAUGAGCUAAUAAGUGAAAUAAACAGCAUGUGACUGCAUGUCACACAGUUAAUGACCUAAUUCAGACAAUUCUAUAUGAAGAGUGAAGAAAAUGUUAGGAAUGUUUUGUUGGUUUUAAAAAAAUAUGUUGAAUGCUGUCAAAUACAAGCUUUUUUAAAUGAA